ACAGUUAUAUUAUUGGAGUCUCUCUCUAGCAACACAACAGCAGUACAUAAUAGAAGAGGAGAGGAAGAAGACACAAAGUAGAAGGAGAGGCAAGAGAAAGAGAAAGGAAAAAGUAUAGCCAUCUAGAGAAAACAACAAAGAUAUAAAAGGAGAAGAAGAAAAAGGCUUGGUUUUUCCAUGGAAGUUAGCCUGAAAAUGGCAAACAUGCUUAGCGUACAGCGUGAUUUGAACCUGAAAGAGACUGAACUCUGUCUGGGAUUGCCUGGUGGUGGCAAAACUGAACCUGAAACACCCAAGGCCACUGGAAAAAGAGGUUUCUUUGAGACUGUUGAUUUGAAACUUCAUCUUCAGUCUAAAGAAGCCGUGGAUCUGAACAAGAAUGUCAAAAAUAUUGUUUCUCCAAAAGAGAAGAAACUCCUCCCAUCUUGCACCAAGGAUCCAGCCAAACCACCUGCAAAAACUCAGGUUGUGGGUUGGCCACCAGUUCGAUCUUAUCGCAAGAAUAUAAUGGCCCAGAAAAACCCAAGUGAGGAAAAUGAGAAGGCGAGCGGCAGCAGUGCAGCGUUUGUGAAGGUUUGCAUGGAUGGAGCUCCAUAUCUUCGUAAGGUGGACUUGAAGAUGUACAAGAGCUACCAAGAGCUCUCUGAUGCAUUGGCCAAGAUGUUCAGCUCCUUCACCAUGGGUAAUUAUGGAAGCCAAGGGAUGAUAGAUUUCAUGAAUGAAAGCAAGCUGAUGGAUCUCCUGAACAGCUCUGAGUAUGUGCCAACCUAUGAAGAUAAGGAUGGCGACUGGAUGCUCGUGGGCGAUGUUCCAUGGGAGAUGUUUGUUGACUCAUGCAAGCGCCUGCGCAUAAUGAAAGGAUCUGAAGCCAUUGGGCUAGCUCCAAGAGCAAUGGAGAAGUGCAAGAAGCAGAACCUGAAUUAAUUAACCAUGGUUUAAUUACUUUAUAUUUGUGGCUUGCUGGUCUUAAUUGUUAAGUACUCCCAUAUAUCCUAGCUAGCUCCAAGACUAAAACCAUUAAACCAAGAAAUUGCAGAGAAAAAGAUGGAUGGAUUGAGCUAGCUGGGUACCUGUUUUCUAUGGAUGUGUUGUCUGUAUUUUUAUCAUCUGAUGAUGGUAUAUAGAUAUCAAAGAUCUAGACAUUUGUAAUGGACAAGAAGCAAUAAACUGAAACCUAGUGUCUGCAGGCUUAAUGUUUAUUGCUAAUUUCUGGCUUGUUUAGUAAUCACCUUGUGAAUCUUUCUUUUUU